CGUGAUCCGCUUCGCCUUUACGUUGCCUAACAGUUGCUCGCACAAGACGUUUGAGGAGACAACUCUUGUCAAAUUCGACUCGUUUUUCAGUGUGAGCCCGAACUGCUGGCUGGGAGUACUGAGACACUUUUUAUUUCUUUUAUUUUCCGCUCGAAGUCAAAUUGGACAAGCAGCUGGAGGACACCUGGAGGAAGAGAUUUUUUUUUCUUCCCCUUGAAUAAUUGGACUGUGUUUGAGAACGACUGCUGUCAUGUACAGUUAGUUAGACAUUCUAUGUUUUCAUGACCAGAGAGGGGAGAGUAAGCUUAUGUUUUCCUUCCUCCUCCUCGUUGGACAUCUAUGGAGAGGUACACUGGAUCCUCUCACUCAGCUCCUGGACUCACUUGCGGCGUGAUCGUUGAAUCCACUGUCCUGGAUAGCCCUAAACGACUCACUUAAACCUAAUUUGAAUGCCUUUGCAAGGAGUUUGCUGGUUUCUGUGCUGCAGGCAGGGCUUCAGUUUGCUGGGACGGGACUAUGGGGAGAAAGAGGAGGAAGAGUCUUUUGAGUUGCGCAACAAGGAGGACUUGACUCCCAAUGGACGGAGCGCGGCCGAGGUGAUCGUUUCUCAGCCUACUUGUACAGCAAAUGGAACAAAUCGGCACCCGGUGUCUCAGCCUUCUGAUGAGAUGAAGAGCCUGAUCAUUGAGAAGAAUAAGAUUGUAAUGGAGGAAGAGCCCGAACUGCUGGUAAAAGGUUGGCUCCUAAGGGAGGUGCGAGGCAACUGGAUCAAGCAGCGCCGGUACUGGUUUGUGCUGAGCCAGGACUCCCUUGACUACUAUAGCGGACCAGAGAAAGGCGCCCGGCGGCUGGGCACAUUGGUUCUCACCAACCUCUGCUCCGUCAUUUGGCCAGACAAGCAAACAUACAAGGAGACAGGUUACUGGAGCAUUACAGUUUAUGGACGGAAACACUGCUAUAGACUGUACACAAAGCACUUCAAUGAAGCUGUACAUUGGGCGUGCGCCAUCCAGAAAAUCAUCGAUACCAAAUCCCCCGUGGAAACGCCAACACAGCUGCUGAUACGAGACAUCGAGGAAAAUAAGUUCAACCCUGAGGUGGUGGAGCACAUCUACCAACACAACCCCAUCCUUAAAUACACCCAGGGUCCCCUUUAUGCUCCUCUGUUGCCCUUCCCGUACGGCAGUCUAGAGCACACAUACCACAGCGGGAAAGGCUACGGCUCGGUGCGCGAGGAGGCCGUGAAGCUCUUCAACUGCCUGCAGCAGCUGGAGGCGACGCGGGAGCCGGUUCCCAUCAUCCAGGGCGUGCUGCAGACCUGCCUGGACCUGCGGCCCCUCCGCGACGAGGUCUACUGCCAGCUGGUGAAGCAGACCAGCUACACGCCUUCGCCGUACACGGCGGCGCAUCUCCGUUACUGGCAGCUCCUCACCUGCAUGAGCUGCACCUUCCUGCCCGGGCCCACAGUGCUCAAAUACCUGCGAUUCCACCUUAAGAGGAUCCAGAGCCAGAGUCCUGAGUCUGAGAUGGAUAACUAUGCGUCAUUCAUCAGCGAGGCUUUGGAGAAAACCAAGUGUCGGGAGUGUGUGCCAUCCUGGGAGGAAAUCCAGAUGUUGAUGAACCGUCAGGAGAUGCUGUGCACUGUGCACUACCCUGGCCCCGGGUCCUGCCAGCUCUACAUCAGCUCACAUACAACCGCCAAUGAGGUUGUUCGAAGGAUGCAAGAGAAGCUGGGUCUGCAGGAGAGCAAAAACACCUUUGCUCUGUAUGAGCAGAACGCGCUGUGGGAGCAGCCAGUGGUUGGAAGCGCUCUGAUCGCAGACAUCCUGACCAGUUUCACCACCAAAGAGUCGGAGUCAAAAUCCCAGUGGAAACUGUGUUUCAAGCUCUACUGCCUGAUGGAUGCUGACAGCAUAUCGGUGGACAGCAUUGAGUAUUUAUUCCUCUUUGAGCAGUGCCACGAGAUGGUGGUGCGCGGUCAGCUGCCGGCCUGCGAGGAGGACCUGCAGGCGCUGGCCGCCCUGAGGCUCCAGUGCCUGAUGGGGGACUUCAGCACGCUGGCCCCCUGCCCGCCCCUGGACGAGCUCUUCCCGGGCCACAUGCUGGAAACCCGGGUGCUCAUGUCCAUCUCCGCCCCGCAGGCCGCGCCCCCCUGCCAGGUGGCCGCCCAGGGCUGUCCCGCCGCGCAGCUCUUCCCCUCGGGCCUCCUGGCGGGGACGCUGUGGAGCCACACGGCCACGGCGGCCCACAAGCAGAAGGUGGAGCAGGACCUGCGCCUGCGCAGCCGGCUGAAGGAGGAGGCGGCCGCCGUCAUGGCGUCCAUCCUGGAGCGCUGGAAAGGCCUGGCGGGCUACAGUCGGAGCGACGGCAUGGCUGCCUACCUCACAAUCGCGCGCCAGUGGUCGGGCUUUGGAUGCACUCUUUACGAGGUGGACUUUUAUAUCAGUUCGACAGGGAGUUUUUCCCAGAAGCUGUGGCUGGGUGUAGCUGCUACAUCUGUGUCUCUUUACAAGCAGGGAGAAUCAGAGGCCCUGGAGUCUUUCCCCUAUGGCCAGAUCUGUUCUUAUGGCAUGUCUGACAGCAACACCUUCAAGAUCACAGCCGGGGAUCGAGACCUCCUAUUCGAAACCACCAAGCUGACUGAGAUCAUGCAGCUGAUGAAUGCGUAUUUCAGUGCCAUCCAUCGCCAGCGAGGGAAAGGGGACGAUCCGGACCUCAGCAUCACCGAGAGCACCGAGUGGGGCUUCCGGCACCUGGCCCCGACGCAGACCCCCACACUCCUGGAACUGCCCUCUCACCCCGUUUGAGACCCCCAACCUACAACCCACGACCCCCAUCCUCCUCCCCCUCCUCCUCCU